GUUCUGCUGGGAAUGGCCGGGACUGGAAAGAGUGCGAGUGGAAACACAAUCCUGGGAAAGAAGCAGUUCACGUCUAGAACCAGUUCAAAUCCGACCACCACAGAGUGCCAGGUGGCAGAAACAGAGAUAGACGGUACACGUGUACGGGUCAUUGAUACCCCAGACAUCUUUGAUGAUGAGAUUAAAUCAUCAGUUAAGAACGAACAUGUGAGAAAGUGCAAACAGCUCUGUCAGUCAGGACCUUGUGUUUACUUACUUGUGAUGCAAAUUAGCAGAUUUACAGACGGUGAGAGAGACAUACUGAAAAAGCUGGAAGAAGCUUUUGGGAACAACGUUCAGGAACAAACAGUCAUCCUGUUUACUCGUGGGGACGACCUGCAGCGUGCAAAGAUGAGCUUGAAGAACUUUUUGAGUGCCUGCCAGACAGAUCUCAGGGAAAUAAUUAAAAAGUGCGGCAACAGGUGUGUUGUUUUUGAGAACAGUGGCUCAGAUUCAGGUCAAGUGGAGAAGCUAAUGCAGACAGUGGACAGCCUAUCCACUGUCUGA